UACCAUACAUCGCCACCCCUAGAGGAACGAACUCUUCAACACCUGCACUUCACAUACGCGCACCUCCCUGUCCUCCCCCCAUCCAUCGUGGCUGCUUGUCAGGGCCAGAUCCACGCAUUUGACUCGCAGGACCUCAUCGACGUCUACAUCCCAGACGGCCCUGAGACUGUUAUCUACCGUUGUGAGCAGCAGCCGUGCCCGAACCGAACACCCCGAUCGAUCGCAGAGGACUACCCACGCUACAAAGCGAUCCGACGAGCGCAACACCCGCUCGGACCCCGAAGCACCCUCGCGUCUCGAUCUGCCUCACGGCAUUCUCGCCCUGUCUCCCCUACCUCCCGCCUUCCCCAAACUGUCGCCGAGUCCAGUCAAGCUCGAGGAGAUCUCCCUCCAGAUCCUGCGCCAGAGCCUGAGCCUGAGGAGGGUGACAGUGAAGAAGGAGUCUCGGAGUCCGAGUCCGCGGAUCCUGCUCGGCCCGCCUCGCCGACAGCGCUCGCCCCCGCGUCAGCAGUCCCUGACCGGAAGGCCACCACAGCCGCCUCUGCCCCCGCAGCGUCCUCCGUCCCCCCCGACGCCGAUAAUGUCAUCCCCCUCGACUGCCCCCGACAAGGAGACCCUGAAGCUCCUUCUCCCCCUCCGCUAUGA